AUGCCCAAAAAGAAUGCAUUUUUUUAUGGUAAACUGGGAAUAUUCCCAUUCACAUAUGAAGCACCUGCUUUAAGAAGUUCAAAGUACAGAAAUAAGGGAGAAAUGGUGACAAAGGUGGUGGAGAGAAUCACAAGAGAUGUUUCAAGGAAGAUGCUCAUUGAGAAUAUUGUACCAGCAAUUAUGGAAAAAUGGCCAAAUACAAGACAACACAAUACAAUUUACAUCCAACAAGACAAUGCAAAACCCCAUGUGCUUCAUGAUGACCCAGAGUGGCAACUACAUUGUAAGCAGCCAGGAUUUAGUUUUAUUCUCAUUCAACAACCACCAAACAGUCCAGACUUAAACAUUUUGGACUUGGGUUUUUUCAGGAGCAUUCAGUCACUACAACACAAGAAAUUUGCAAGAAACCCAGAGCAACUUAUUAAGGUUGUCAAAGAAGCAUUCUAUGAGCUGCAUGCAAAGACAUUGUUCAAGUGUUGGGUCACUCUUAAUAAUGUUAUGAAUCAGAUUUUAAAGGCUAAAGGUUCAAACAAAUAUGAACCUCCACAUGUAAACAAAGCCAAGUUAGACAGAGAAGGGAGACUACAGGAUCCAAUUGAAGCACCUCUUUGGGCUGUCAUAGAUGCAUGGGAAAGGGUUCAUGGGGACAGAGACUUCUCGGAUGAUGAACAGGAACAAGAAAAUAUUCAAACCACACAAAACAAUGCAUCACAACCAUAG